UGAAGUGAUGAAAAAUUUUCUGGUCAGCUUCGAAAUGUAGAAACCGUCAACCCUUCAGAGACACAAGUCAUUUAUGACGUGGUGCUGUAGGUUAGGAUUUGGAAGGCUUCUGGUCUUUUAAAAUCCAAAAUGUUCGAAAUUUCUGAUGUUCAAAAAAUUGGGGUUGGCUUGGCGGCCUUUGGAAUUUCAUUUUUAUUCCUUGGUGUUAUUCUUAUAUUUGAUAAGGGUCUUCUUGCAAUAGGAAAUAUUUUAUUUAUCAGUGGUCUAGCAUGUGUGAUUGGAUUCGAGCGAACAUUUCGUUUCUUCUUCCAGAGGCAUAAAACUAAGGCCUCUAUUGCAUUUUUUGGAGGCAUAGCCGUUGUUCUUUUUGGCUGGCCCCUUAUUGGAAUGUGUCUUGAGACCUAUGGUUUUGUGCUGCUCUUUAGUGGAUUCUUCCCAGUCGCUAUAAACUUCUUGAGACGAGUACCGGUGCUGGGGACUUUCCUGAACUUUCCAGGAGUUCGUGGGAUAGUGGAUAAAUUGGCAGGCGAUAGCAACAGAACAACAGUGUAGUGUGAGGAGUAUGGCUUUAAAUAAGCUUCUGUCAUUGGGCACCAAGAUGCAGUGCUCAAAAGAUACAAUCACUUCUCUCUACAAAGGAUGUAUAUAUCUACUGUUCAUUCUUUUUUAAAAGGGGGAACACUUGCAUUCCUUAAGAUUUUUCAUGUACUAUCUUCCCUAAGUGUAACUUGUCACCUAUGAAGUUUCUGUCAUUCACAUCAAGAUCUCAUCCAUUUUACAUCAGUACAUUAAGUUUUUAUAGCUGUUUUGGUGAAAAUAGGGAAGAAAUUCUAAAACCAAGCUGUACAACAUUAAAAUCAUGAUUCAUGUGGUGGUACCAUUAUCACCUUCAGACUUAAGCCCAUUCUCAUUCUGUGUUGUAUCGGCUUCUUUAAAUUUUGACAGAUCAAUUUUUUAAGUAUUUGAAGAACUUUUUUUGUAAGGUUGGAGUACAGGGUGGGUGUUAUACGCCAGACGUUUUUUCUGGUUGUACUGUAACGCGUGCGGACUGGUUGCAUACUCGCACGGGGCCGUUGCUAAGGUCAGGGUCGAUACCCAGCCAGAAAUGCCAUAUCUAAUGUGACCAUUUAGACGUCCAGACGAUCUUAGAUUAGACCUCUAUGGCUGGGUAGGCAAAAACGCCCGCAUGCUUGCAUGUACAGUAUUACCAGAGAAAAGUCCGACUUAGAACACCCGCCCUGUCUGCCCUUCUGAAGCUGGUGUUUUAUGUAAUGAUCUUGUGAUUUCUGGUUAAGUGAUUGUCAUGCUCUGCCAUACCUCUCUUUUGUUUUUCUUAAAGUAAUUUGUGUCAUUCUGUAGUUGUCAUCAAGUGUAAAGAAACCAAAGUGUGUGCCUAUUGUUGUAAAUGUAAUUGUCAAUUGUACAUAAGUAAAUAACUUAUCUCAAAAUA